UAAAAAGUUAGGAUAAAAAGAAAAAAAAAUAUGUAAAGAGGGUGAAGUAAAUUUUGCACGUAAACUAUUAUCAGGAUAUUCAAAUCAUGAAGUUGCUUCAUCGUGAAAGGAAAUUUGCAGGAAAUUUUUGAUCUGGAAUAUGGUUAAAUGAUGGAUGAAUCAGGUCAGAUAAUAACAAUCUUUAUAGGACAGGCUGGCACGCAAUUAGCAAGCGCCUGUUGGGAAUUAUUCUGCCUAGAACACGGGGUAGGACCAAAUGGCUGUAUUCGUCAGGGUUAUUACCCCAUAGACACUUCGUUUUGCACAUUUUUCGCAGAAACGCAAGCAAGAAAAUUGACCCCAAGAACGUUGAUCGUCGAUCUAGAGCCCACUGCGAUUGAUGAGAUUAGAACAGGCACCUACAGGAAGCUGUUCUCUCCGGAAUCAUUGAUCUCUGGAAAAGAAGAUGCGUCGAACAAUUACGCGAGAGGAUAUUAUACCAUCGGUAAAGAGGCGAUCGAUCUCGUAUUGUAUCGCGUUUGCAAACUAUGGGAAUCAUGCUCGAAACCCCGUGGAUUCAUGGUGUUUAGGUCACUUGGCGGUGGUACCGGAAGUGGUUUCGCCACUUUGCUGUUACAACGUCUAAUGCGGGACUAUCCUAAGAAAAUCACCCUAGAUUUUGCCAUUUACCCAUCCCCCAAUAUCUCCACCGUUAUAGUCGAACCGUACAACUCGAUUUUUACCAUAGACAGUAGCCUAGACAGCGCUGAUUGUUGCUUCCUGAUGGACAACGAGGCUCUGUACAAUAUUUGCACAAGAAACUUGGACGUAGACUGCCCAACGUAUACGAAUCUAAAUCGACUACAGGCUCAAGUAGUUUCGAGCAUCACAGCCUCGAUGAGGUUCGAGGGAGCUGUGAAUCUGAGCCUCCAAGAACUCCAAAUGAACCUGGUGCCUUAUCCAAGGAUUCAUUUCGCCCUGGCUACCUAUGCCCCGUUGAUCUCUGCUUCUAAGGCCAUGCACUCGGACAUCACCACGCAACAGAUCACGUACGAGUGUUUCGAGCCAUCUAACCAGAUGGUAAAGUGCGACCCGCGUACAGGAGCUUACACGAGCUGCUGUUUGCUAUAUCGAGGAGACGUGAACCCGAAUGACGUAAAUAAAACGAUCGCUUCCAUGAAGGGAAAGAAAUCGAUUCGCUUCGUCAGUUGGAGCCCGACAGGGUUCAAGGUAGGAAUUAAUUAUCAACCGACGACCACGGUUCCCGGCGGAGAUUUAGCAAAAUCGAAAAGAACAGCGGCAAUGGUUGGCAACAACACAGCUGUUCGAUACAAUUGGGGGAUGUUGGCUCGUAAAUUCGAUUUGAUGUAUCAGAAGAGAGCUUUCGUUCAUCACUACGUAGGGGAAGGUAUGGAGGAAAGUCUGUUCCAAGAUGCGCUGAACAACAUCGUAACUUUGAUAGACGAUUACAAAGAGGUCGAAAAGUGAACGAAGGGAUACACGUGUGUUCGAAUCGUAUUCACCUUGCAAGAGGGGAAGAAGAAACGAAGAAAUAUAGCUACUGUACGAGAUAAGAGAGAGAGAAUCAGGAGAUAAAUGAUAAAGAGGGAACGGCAGACUUCAUGGCACCGUUCUUCAUUAAUCACUCUCGACAUGGAUAAAAAAUCACGUAUCUCUCGUCUGGAACUCGUAAAAAGGCGCGUGUUCAAAAUUACCUACGAUUCACGUAAUAAUGCGUGUCUGAUAACAAACGAUGCCUGGUAAUUCCGAGCGAUAACGACGCGUCACCACCUUUGUUCUGGGUGAAUAAUUACAUCUUUACUCUGCUUAUCGGGAAACGAUCAAAGUCCGAAAUAGAAUUAAUCGCGAGGAAUCGUACCUGUCCUGAUAAAGAUUAAUCGCAUUGGUAAAUGACAUCUAAAACAGAUGUACAGAUCGAGGAAAAUCCACAGAAAAUACGGUACUUCAGGCGUGUCAACGAAAGAAGAGAUACUCGAAGGAAGAGCAAAGAUAGACAACUGCGUUUCGUAUCAGGAUCGACGAUCGCCUAUCGCGAUCACGUCGUUUCUUUUUCACUCAUCUCUUCGAUGUCACGAAAGUUUCACGUGAAUCCACGCGACUUUCGCGCGUUACCCCCAUCGUCCCGGAAAGUAUCUUAUCCGACACAUUUUUGACUUACGUAGAACGACCGUACGGCCUCGAUUGACCCGUGGCUCGUCAAACAAAUUUUCCAUCGGCAUCUUUUACUCUUCUUAAGUACAAGUGUCCUGACAUUUCGAAUUAUCUGAAAAGAUGAGUUAUCCUUCAUUAGUUAUCAUUUCGUAAUCAUUUUCCUCGUCUAUUAGUUUCACUAUUACCCUAUUUCUAUCGUCUGGCUUAAUUUUAGAAACAUCGUUUUUCCUUGUUUGUCAUGAGCUUUGGAGAGGCGUGUGUUUGCAUACAUGCAAGAGGAUGAUUGCUACUUUUCUCCUAGACACAAUGGUAGACGAGCUGGCAACGUUCCUCUUCGUGUUUUCUGUAAUCUUGUAUCACAGUGAAAAAUUAUGAAACGAAGUGUAGACAAAUGUUUAGAUAGAUGAAUAAAAAUUUUAACCCACU